AUGCGAGGAUUGAUUGAUCGAUCGAUCGAUCGAUCGGUUGCUGUUGUGCACUUGCCACCGCCAGCAGCAGCGGCGGCGGGCGGCUCCGGGAGUGAGCAGAGCGGCGGCGGCGGCUCCGGGAGUGAGCAGAGCGGCGGCUCGGGGCAGCCGCAGGGAGAUGCUGUCGGGGGAGAUGGCGGUGGCGGUGGCGGCGGCUCCCCGCUGCAGGGCAUGGCGCUGGCCUCGCAGGCUCUGGUCCUGCUGCUGAUCUUCCUGCUCUCCAGUCUGGGCAACUCGGCGGUGAUCGCCGUGAUCGCCAAACACCGGCAGCUGCGGACCGUCACGAACGCCUUCAUCGUGUCGCUGUCGCUGUCGGACCUGUUGGCCGCGCUCCUGUGUCUGCCUUUCGCCUUCCUCACGCUCUUCAGCCGCGGCGGCGGCGGCGCCGGUGGUGCCGGUGGGGGGGGCGCCGAUGCCGGUGGGGGGGGCGUUUGGCCCUUCGGCGACCGGUUGUGCGUGGCCAACGGCUUCUUCAACUCCUGCUCCGGCAUCGCCUCCGCCCUGACCAUGGCCCUCAUCAGCCUGGACCGUUACUGCGCCAUCGCCCGGCGGCCCCGCGGCAAAAUCGGCCGCCGCCGGGCCGCUCGGCUGCUGGCGGGGGUGUGGGCGGCCGCCGCGCUCUUCUCCUGCCCCUGGUACCUGCUGCUCCGGCCCCGGGCCCAGCCCGAGCCCCAGGCCCAGGCCCAGGCUCAGGCCCAGCCGCGGGGCUUCUAUCACUGCACUCACCUCUUCCACUCGGCCUCGUCCCGCCUCGGCCUCUCGUACGGCGUGGCCCUGAUCGCUCUGGGCCACCUGCUGCCCUUCGCCCUCAUGUGCUUCUGUCACUACCACAUCUGCCAGGCGGCGCGGCUGUCGGAGCGGCGGGUGCGGCCUCUCGCCGACACCCAGGCCCAGGCCCAGGCCCAGGCUCGGGCCCGGUCACCGCCGCCGCCGCCGCCGCGAUUACACGGCGAGACGCGAACCGCCACCACCGUCCUCGUGAUGAUCGUCUUCGCCAUCUGCUGCCGCGGCCCUUACUGUGUGGCCGGGAUCUGGGCCGCGGCGGCGGCGGCCGCGUCGUCGUCGUCGGCGGCCGAGGCUGAGCCAUCGGGCGGCGGCGGCGGUGGGUACGACUCGGCCUCGGCCUCGGUGGUGGACGCGGUGGCCGCCUGGAUGGCCUGGGCCAACGGUGCCAUCAACCCGCUCAUCUACGCCGCCAGGAACCCCGACAUCUGCCUCCUGCUGGGCCGGGCCCGGGCCCGGGGCCGGGAGGGCGGCUACAGGACCGGGAACCUGGCGGCCUAUCUGCCCGCGGAGGGCCCGGGGCAGGGCCGCCGGGGGGAGGGCAGGAGCCUGGGCCCCGGGCGGCGGGACAGACACAAGGGCCGGUACCGGCCCGAGCGGCCCGGCUCCUGGCCCAGCCCCGGGGAGGGGGCCGCCGUGUGGGUCUGCAGGAACCCGGCGCUGCUCUUCUGCAGAGACGCCCAACGCGACGCCGGGGCCGAGCCGCGAGGAGACACCGACACCAGUGUCUGAGCCCGUGUGGGGCCUCAAGUUUGUUUCAUUGACAAACACACACACACACA